AUGUCUUCCCUUCCAUCUACGAUGAGAGCGGUGAUUCUUCCGGAGAUAGGCGACUCCUCCAAGUUGCAAUAUACGGAUUCUCAGCCUCUUCCCAAACUUCAAGAUGGCCAGGUCCUCAUCAAGAACAAAUUCUCGGGAAUCAACUACAUUGAUACAUAUUUCCGAUCCGGCCUCUACCCGUCUCCCACGGGCUAUCCCCUAAUCCUCGGACAAGAAGGCGCUGGCACCGUCGCGGCCGUCGAAGGCUCAAACAAAGUGGGCCUCAAAGAAGGCGACCGCGUCGUCUGGAUCAAGCAGGGAGGCUAUGCGGAAUAUACCGCCGUUGCUGCUGAGCGCGUCAUCAAGAUCCCCGACGGCCUCUCCGAGGAUCAAGCUGUUGGAGGCUUCCUCAUGGGCAUGACGGCUUUGUCCCUCAUCAGGGAAGCCUAUCCCGUCAAGAAGGACGACAAGGUGCUUGUCCAUGCCGCCGCGGGCGGUGUCGGGCUUCUGCUGUGCCAGCUUCUGAAGUUGGCGGGAGCGUACACGAUCGGCACGGCGGGGAGCGCGGAGAAGUGCAAGACGGCCGAGCGACAUGGCGCCGACACGACGAUAGAUUACAACGCCAACAAAGACUGGGCAGAUAAGGUCAAGGAGCUGACCAACGGUCAAGGCGUCGAUGUAGUCUACGACAGCGUGGGCAAGACGACAUGGGAGGGAAGCCUGGAUGCCGUGAAGCGCAAGGGUAAAGUGGUAUACUUCGGUAACGCCUCCGGUCCAGUGCCACCUAUUCAGAUCCAAAGACUGGCGCCGAAGAACAUCUCUAUCAUGCGCGCGACUGUCAUGAGCUAUAUCGUCACGCGUGAGGAGCUGGAGUACUACUCAGCAGAAGUGCUGAACAUGAUCAAGGACGGCAAGCUGAAAAUCAACGUACACGAGGCCUACGAUCUCAAGGACGCAAAGCGGGCGCAGGACGAUAUGGAGGGGAGAAAGACGUCCGGCAAGUUGCUGUUAAAGCUAUGA